AUGGCCCAGGGUUUGAUUGAGGUGGAGCGCAAGUUCAUCCCUGGUCCUGGCACAGAGGAGCGGCUGCAGGAAUUGGGGGGCACCCUGGAGCACCGGAUCACCUUCCGAGACAGCUACUAUGACACUCCUGAGCUGAGCCUCAUGAAGGCUGACCACUGGCUGCGACAGCGAGAGGGUAGUGGAUGGGAGUUCAAAUGUCCUGUAGCUGCAGGUGUCUCAGGACCCCACACUGAGUACUUGGAACUCACGGCUGAGCCUGCAAUUGUGGCCCAGCUCUGUGAGGUGCUGGGGGCUGAAGGGUUAGGGGCUGGAGGCAUGACUGAUGCAUUAAGGUCAUUGGGACUGCAGGAAGUCGCUAGUUUUGUGACCAAGCGGAGUGCCUGGAAGCUGGUGCACUUUGGGGCUGAGGAGGAGUUGCCACUCAGGGUGGACCUGGAUUCGGCCGACUUUGGCUACACUGUGGGUGAAGUGGAGGUCCUGGUGCAAGAGAAGGCUGACGUGCCAAGUGCCCUGGAGAAGAUCCACAGCCUCAGCAGCCUACUUGGUGUGCCAACACGGGAGACACCGCCUGCCAAGCUGAUCGUUUACCUGCAGCGCUUCCGGCCUCAGGACUAUGACCUCCUGCUAGAAGUGAACCGCUCCAGAGAGAGGCCACAGGGAACAGAACAUCCAGACAGUAGUCUGGGUUAG